AUGCUGUGCACCUGCUCGAAGACUAUACAUACAUCUGUUACUCCAGCCAUGACCGGGGUCGGUAUCACAGACUAUGGCCGAGUGGAGGUGACGACGUCAGAUGCGGCAAAGGGCAAGCGCAGAGCAAUGAAGGCGAGAAUGCAGAUUGACGCGUGA